CCCCCUCCCCCACACCGGGGCUCAGGGUUUGCACGGGGGCAGCGGGCGGCCGGCGAGGCCACUCCAGAGCUCUCCGGUCGGGCGGUGCUCUCGGGAGGGGCGCAUGGAGCGCUCUCGGGGAGAGGGCUCUAGCGCCGGCCCCAGCGCCAUGGGCCAGCCCUCCGCUCCCUCCGACCCCCCUGACCAGCCCCCUGCUGCUGGCGCGGAGCUGGACCCGGACGCCGGGCUCCCACCUGCGGGCCCGGGCGCGGGGAGCGAGGCGCUGGCGGCGCUGGCUUCGUUCGCGCGGCGCCUGCUGGUGCUGGUGCCCGUGUACCUGGCCGGGGCAGCGGGACUCAGCGUGGGUUUCGUGGUUUUCGGCCUCGCCCUCUACCUGGGCUGGCGCCGGGUCCGGGACGAGAAAGAGCGGAGUCUCCGGGCGGCGAGGCAGCUGCUGGACGACGAGGAGCGGCUCACGGCCAGAACGCUGUCCCUGAGCCAGCGAGAGCUUCCUGCCUGGGUCAGCUUCCCGGAUGUGGAAAAGGCUGAGUGGCUGAACAAGAUUGUAGCGCAGGUGUGGCCCUUCCUGGGCCAGUACAUGGAGAAGCUGCUGGCCGAAACGGUGGCGCCGGCUGUGCGGGGCUCUAACCCCCACCUGCAGACGUUCACGUUCACACGCGUGGAGCUGGGGGAGAAGCCCUUGCGCGUCAUAGGAGUGAAGGUCCACCCUAGCCAGAGGAAGGACCAGAUCCUGCUGGAUCUGAACGUCAGCUACGUGGGUGAUGUGCAGAUUGACGUGGAAAUAAAGAAAUACUUCUGCAAAGCGGGCGUCAAGGGCAUGCAGCUACAUGGCGUCUUGCGGGUGAUUCUUGAGCCACUCCUGGGAGACCUUCCCAUCGUGGGGGCCGUGUCGAUGUUCUUCAUCCGGCGCCCGACUCUAGACAUCAAUUGGACAGGGAUGACCAACCUGCUGGAUAUCCCAGGACUUAGCUCUCUCUCCGACACCAUGAUCAUGGAUUCCAUCGCCGCCUUCCUGGUGUUGCCCAACCGACUGCUGGUGCCUCUCGUGCCUGACCUCCACGACGUGGCCCAGCUGCGCUCCCCUCUGCCCAGGGGCAUCGUUCGGAUUCACCUGCUGGCUGCUCGAGGGCUGAGCUCCAAGGACAAGUACGUGAAGGGCCUGAUCGAGGGCAAGUCGGACCCCUACGCCCUUGUGCGUGUGGGCACCCAGGCGUUCUGCAGCCGCGUCAUCAACGAGGAGCUCAACCCGCAGUGGGGAGAGACUUACGAGGUGAUGGUGCACGAGGUCCCGGGGCAGGAGAUCGAGGUGGAGGUGUUUGACAAGGAUCCCGAUAAAGAUGACUUUCUGGGCAGAAUGAAGCUGGACGUAGGGAAGGUGUUACAGGCUGGGGUACUGGACGAGUGGUACCCUCUGCAAGGUGGCCAUGGCCAGGUUCACUUACGGCUGGAGUGGCUGUCGCUUUUGCCAGACGCAGAGAAACUGGAGCAGGUUCUGCAGUGGAACCGGGGCGUCUCCUCCAAACCAGAGCCCCCUUCAGCGGCCAUCCUCGUCGUCUACCUGGACCGAGCCCAGGACCUUCCUCUGAAGAAGGGCAACAGGGAGCCCAACCCCGUGGUCCAGCUGUCCGUUCAGGACGUGACCCAGGAGAGCAAGGCGGUCUACGGCACCAACAGCCCGGUGUGGGAGGAAGCUUUCCGCUUCUUUCUGCAGGAUCCGCGGAGCCAGGAGCUGGAUGUGCAGCUCCGAAAAGGCGCCAAGCCUCCCAGCGCAUAUGCUACUCUUACUGUGGGGGAGACAACUCAUAAAACUAAGACUGUUUCGCAGUCCUCAGCCCCCAUCUGGGACGAGAGCACCUCCUUUCUCAUCAGGAAGCCACACACCGAGAGCCUGGAGCUGCAGGUGCGGGGUGAGGGGACGGGCACCCUGGGCGCACUGUCGCUGCCCAUCUCGGAGCUCCUGGACGCAGAGCGCCUCUGCCUGGACCGCUGGCUGGCGCUGGCCGGCGGCCAGGGGCAGGUGCUCCUGCGAGCACAGCUGGGGGUCCUGGUGUCCCAGCACUCGGGCGUGGAAGCCCGCAGCCACAGCCACAGCUCCUCCUCGCUGGCUGAGGAGCCCGAGCCCUGGGGAGGCCCCGCUCACGCCGCCGCCUCAGCCCCCGAGCUCCGCCAGCGCCUUGUCCACGGCGACAGGCAGCACGGCCGCGACGCCCCCGACCCCUACGUGUCCCUGCUGCUGCUGCCCGACAAGAACCGCGGCUCCAAGAGGAAGACGUCCCAGAAGAGGAGGACCCUGAAUCCUGAAUUCAACGAGCGCUUCGAGUGGGAGCUGCCCUUGGACGAGGCGCUCAGGCGCAAGCUGGACGUCGCGGUGAAGUCCAGCUCCUCCUUCAUGUCCCGAGAGCGCGAGCUGCUGGGGAAGGUGCAGCUGGAUCUGGCGGAGAUGGACCUGUCCCAGGGCUCGGCCCAGUGGUAUGACCUGACGGAGGACAAGGACAAGGGCAGCUCCUAGGGGCUGGCAGUGAGCAGCCGGACCGCUCCGUCCCGCCCGGCCUGGCCGCAUCACCGCCUCAGCGCGGUGAGCCGAAGCUCGGCCGGGCUCGCCUGUGCCUUCGGCCCUUUUCCCCUCAGGCCCGUACCGGGGCCUUCGCCUGACCAAAGAGAAGGACGCCGCGUUGUCCUGCACUGCAUGGCCUUCGUCCUCAGGCUCCCGGCCGGCCCGCGCCGGCUUUCCUGCACGAUCCCCCCCCAAGUCCUCAGGGCCUUCUUACCCGUGCCUGACCACCGGCAGCACCAGCAGCGCAUCAGCUUACGCCAAAUCGGUUCUGGGAGGGCCGUCCUGAGCCCACACGGGCGCCCGCCUCCCCGCCGCCAGCGGCAGGGCGCAGUGUGUGGGGAGCACAGCCGCUCCCCGCGGGCCCUUGCACUACCGCGUGUAGCCAAGGUACAGCGGCUUGGGCCGCGCCGGUCCUGCCCCCGCCUCCGCGGAGCCUGUCCUGAAGACGCGCUGGGGUGGCGGGCCAGGGCCCCCUUGGCGUGGUGAGUCAGAAGCACCUGCGUCCUGCCUGAACCUUCGAGAAGCGGGAGGCCAGUCUGGGAGCCCCAAGCUGGCGGUGUGCGGCCGGCCUCGAAGGACUCAGGACGGCAGAGCCAGUUCUGUGGUCCAAGUGCCUGGGUUACAAACUCACUGACUAGAACUGAAUCUGACACUCUUGCACCAACUCUGUCAAUCCACUGUAUCUUAUAUUAAACAUUAUACUCAAGCCA